UCAGGUUACCCCUUUUGGCCAUUUUGUCAGUCCCAGUCCAGGUUGGAGUCCUGGAUCCUCCUGCACCACACCUGCAUUGAGGUGAGGUGAGACACCUUGCACCUUGCUCUAAACUGAAAGUAGCUGGCUCUUGUGGCAUUGUAGACAAACCCAAAACAUGCAUCAAACACUUCUGAGUCUCAGAGCAGCAGAGGAAGUGGCACUUUCUGCAGCUGCGCAUCAGUAUACUGAAGUUACCAGGAAGUUACCACAUUCUCCUGCAGACAAGCCUUGUGGGUAAGUAAGCAGACAGAUGGUGAUCGUUCAUCAGCGCAAACGUUGAGGGGGACGUUGGCUAUGGGCUGUUGCAGUGUGACCCAGAGACAUGCUGGCAUGACGGAAGUGGGGCCUGAUGAGAUUGAGCUUCUGGAGAUCAGCAGUGCAGGGGUGUGGGGGCGGAGUGAAUCUCAGUUUCAAAGAAGUGAUUCACAGGAAGUGCCCCUUCCCUCUCCAUCUCUGUCUGAGUUCAAACAGGAUGCAGAUUAUUCUGUCACUUCAGUGCCAAAAGAAUGCCCCAGUUCACAGGCCAUCCUGUGGGGUAGAAGCAGACAGGAGUUGCACCAGUGGGUGUAUUCAAAACCUAUUUGUUCCUGGGAGGGCCAGCCUGCUUCCGCCUAUGGAGAAAUUGUUUGGUCUUCCAUUGUGUUCCUUCACAAUCACUACACCCAGGAGAUGACAAAGCGAUAUCUGGUUUUGUUUUCUUUCCAUUUGCUGAUCUUAGCGAUGGAUGAUAGAGAACAGGCCUUCAUUUAUGAGGGCGUUCUCCCACUCUCUGGAACAUCGGUACAAGCUGUUCCUCAAGACAGUAAGAUGGCAAAUGCCUUUGAGAUCAUUGGACCAAUGGUGGAGGCCAGAAUCUUUAUCUGUGCUAGCAGCACAGACAGAUCAGUGUGGCUGGGAAGCAUUGAGGAGAGGAGGAAGCGAGCCCUCAGGCUGCAGCUCAGCCCUUCUCACAGCGCCCUGUCCUACCUGGUGCCAUGUGAUAAAACUUGGAAGAAGGAGGAACUGAAGAGGUACCUGUUGCAGGCCCCUAUCUGGCAGUGGGAGGGCAGGCCCAUCCAGCACCUGGGUCCGAUGGGCUACCUCUCCCUGGUCCAUGUUGUAGAUGCACAGAGGCAGGAGCCCCAAGAACGCUUGCUGCUGCUCUUUCCAGAAGACCUACUCCUGCUCUCUCUGGACAGUCGCCACAUUCAAGUGAAAUAUGAG